CUCCUCGGCGCCGGCGGACCCGCAGGCGGCCGGCAGCCCGCGAGGGGGCGGCGGCUCCCGGGCUUUGUGGCCGCUGCGCGCGUGGCGGGACCUGGCCGGCCGGGGGCGCGCCACCGCUGCCCGGCGCUCCGGAGCCCGCGGCCCUCCCGGCGGCCCAGCCUGCCAGAGGAGCCGAGGCCGCCCGCGCUCGCAUCUCGCCGGCCCCUCCCCCGAUCGCCGCGGCCGCCGCGCCGCCGCUGCAGGAUAGCUGACAGCCAGGAGAAACAUAGUGGAAAAUGCAAAACAACGAAAUCAUAAAACCUGCCAAAUACUUCUCAGAAUUGGAAAAGAGCAUCCUGCUUGCUUUAGUAGAAAAGUACAAGUAUGUGCUGGAGUGUAAGAAAAGCGACGCGCGAACUAUUGCCCUCAAGCAGCGUACCUGGCAGGCGCUCGCCCACGAAUAUAACUCCCAACCCAGCGUGUCGCUGCGGGAUUUCAAACAGCUGAAGAAGUGCUGGGAGAACAUCAAGGCUCGGACCAAAAAGAUUAUGGCCCAUGAAAGGAGAGAGAAAGUGAAACGGAGCGUCAGCCCGCUUCUGAGCACCCACGUCCUGGGGAAGGAGAAGAUCGCCAACAUGCUGCCCGAGCAGCUGUACUUUCUGCAGAGCCCUCCUGAGGAGGAGCCUGAGUACCACGCUGAUGCCGCUGCCCAAGAAUCAUUUGCUGUUUCAAAUAGAGAACUGUGCGAUGAUGAGAAAGAGUUCAUACAUUUUCCAGUAUGUGAGGGGACCUCUCAACCUGAACCCUCGUGUUCAGCUGUCAGAAUAACAGCCACUAAAAACUACAGGAGCAAAACCUCUCAGGAAGGUGCUUUAAAAAAGAUGCAUGAGGAAGAACACCAUCAACAAAUGUCCAUCUUACAACUGCAGCUGAUACAAAUGAAUGAGGUGCAUGUGGCCAAAAUCCAGCAGAUAGAGCGAGAGUGUGAGAUGGCAGAGGAGGAACACAGGAUAAAAAUGGAAGUUCUCAAUAAAAAGAAGAUGUAUUGGGAAAGAAAACUACAAACUUUUACCAAGGAAUGGCCUGUUUCUUCAUUUAACCGGCCCUUUCCCAAUUCACCCUGAGACUGUGGGGGUGGCUCUCUUGUAAUUAAUCUGUGUUGACAAAGUCUGGAACAUGAACCUGCGGUCAGUAACCUGUUACAGAGCUACAACUAGGAAAAUUAGAGUGGUAGUAGUCACUUAUUUAAGAAUACAUUCAGGUAAACAGCUGCACCCUGUGUACCCCUUAAGUGGCAAAGAAGCUGUUAGCGUCUUCUGAAAUUUUCACUAUGAGUGCUAUCAUUCUGAAUGUAAUGUCUCUUAAUUAGAAUUCAUACAAGAACCAUG